GCCUGAUUGCCUCGGCACAUCCCAGAGCAGCAGGAAGCCUGUCCCUGCCAAAUCCGAGCCCUCCGUGACGUCGCUCAUGUGCGGGACCCUCCUCGAGCUUUUCCCCCCAGGUCCCCCUGAGCACCAAACGCUGCCGGCUCCACCAUGUGCGACGAGGAAACCACCGCCCUGGUGUGCGACAACGGCUCCGGCCUCUGCAAGGCCGGCUUUGCCGGCGACGAUGCCCCUCGUGCCGUCUUCCCCUCCAUCGUGGGGCGGCCCCGGCACCAGGGUGUCAUGGUGGGCAUGGGGCAGAAGGACAGCUACGUGGGCGAUGAGGCGCAGAGCAAGAGGGGGAUCCUCACGCUCAAGUACCCCAUCGAGCACGGCAUCAUCACCAACUGGGACGACAUGGAGAAGAUCUGGCACCACUCCUUCUACAACGAGCUGCGCGUGGCCCCCGAGGAGCACCCGACCCUGCUCACCGAGGCACCCCUCAACCCCAAGGCCAACCGGGAGAAGAUGACCCAGAUCAUGUUUGAAACCUUCAACGUCCCCGCCAUGUACGUCGCCAUCCAAGCCGUGCUCUCCCUCUACGCCUCCGGCCGCACCACUGGCAUCGUCCUGGACUCCGGGGACGGCGUCACCCACAACGUGCCCAUCUACGAGGGCUACGCCCUGCCCCACGCCAUCAUGCGUCUCGACCUGGCCGGCCGCGACCUCACCGACUACCUCAUGAAGAUCCUCACCGAGAGGGGCUACUCCUUCGUCACCACCGCCGAGCGGGAAAUCGUGCGCGACAUCAAGGAGAAGCUCUGCUACGUGGCGCUGGACUUCGAGAACGAGAUGGCCACGGCCGCCUCCUCCUCCUCGCUGGAGAAGAGCUACGAGCUCCCCGACGGGCAGGUCAUCACCAUCGGCAACGAGCGCUUCCGCUGCCCCGAGACCCUGUUCCAGCCUUCCUUCAUCGGCAUGGAAUCCGCCGGGAUCCACGAGACGACCUACAACUCCAUCAUGAAGUGCGACAUCGACAUCCGCAAGGACCUCUACGCCAACAACGUCCUGUCGGGCGGCACCACCAUGUACCCCGGCAUCGCCGACCGCAUGCAGAAGGAGAUCACCGCGCUGGCUCCCAGCACCAUGAAGAUCAAAAUCAUCGCCCCGCCGGAGCGGAAGUACUCGGUGUGGAUCGGCGGCUCCAUCCUGGCGUCCCUCUCCACCUUCCAGCAGAUGUGGAUCAGCAAACCCGAGUACGACGAGGCCGGACCUUCCAUCGUCCACCGAAAAUGCUUCUAAGCCCCUUCCCCGCCCCGCGGGGGCCCCCCGUGCCCAGGCCGGGGCGCCCCGCUCCCCCUCGGACCCCGCUGCUCCUCCCCACCGCCCGCUGCGCAUUAAAAGCCUUUUCUCCA